AUGUCAUGCGCACAUUCCCUCCAUCUCCCUCUCUCUCUCUCUUCUUCUCUCGCGAUGUUGUGCCUCGCUCUUGACUGUCGCUCAACCGUGCCUUCGUUUCGAGAUUUGCUCGCUGCGGCAGUGACGCUGGCGUUCUGCGUUUUGGCGGCGUGGCACGUCUCGUACUCGCUCAAGAGCAACAGCAAGAAGCAGGCUAGCAAACCGAGCCACUAUGCGACCAACAACUACUACUUUGGCGCACACAACCCAUCCAAGCCACAGGGAGCCAUGACGGGCACCGAAAACAUGUUCAUCAAGUGCGAGCACGAAGAACGUCUGCAGACCAUUUCCGGACUGCUCUGCUUUGACGAGCUGCUUCCAGUUCAGGCCGUUUUCAAGAUCUUCUCGGAUGCGUCGAGCGAACACGUCCGUCUCAAGCAACGCGUUGUGAGCUCGUCGCUCCUGUUGCAUUCCUUUGAGGACGCAGACAACUGGAAGGUGGCCGAUCACAUCAAACUGGUGCGGCUGCCCGACGGAACCAAAGAAGCAGACUUCCAGCGCCAAGUGCAGAAUGUUAUUGCCGAGCCUCUUGACAAGUCCAAACCCCUGUGGCAAGCUACACUCUUCCAUAACGUCAGAAACGGCUCGGGCAGUGCUCUGCUCCUCCGCAUGCAUCAUUGCGUUGGUGACGGCAUGGCUGCAAACGUCCUGCUGGCGUCCGCCGCGGUCGAUGCCAAAGGUGUCACGUUUGCCCACAUGAUGAAGGAGGCCUUCACCAAAGCCACGAACGCGUCGAAAAAGUCGGCAAGCGGAGACAAGCACGACAGUCGCAACUUUGUGCAUGCGUUUGUGAACUUGCAAUCGUUGGGCAUCCCAUUCAGCUCGACGUUGGCGUCCCUCGCCUUCUGGCUCAUCCUCCGCCCAGUCAAGAUGAUUGGCCAGGCGUUUGCCUCGCUUCGCAGCACGUACCUUUCUCUCCGGCUCUUGAUUGUCGACUUGUUCCUGUGCGUUGUCGAGCGCAAGACUGCUCUGAGGCGCGAGGCAUCCACGCGCAAGUCGGUGCUGUGGAGCUCGUCGCUUUCCCUGGAUGAUGUCAAGACUGUCAAGGACGCGUUUGGCGUGACAGUCAACGAUGUGCUCGUCUCUGCCCUCACUGGCGGCCUGCGUCGCCAAAUCAUUCAGCGCGGCGAAACCGUGCCGUCGAACGUUUUCUGCCCCAUUCCCGUGACGCUUCGCAAGACUGUCGCUGACAUCGAGUCGAUUCAAAACAACAUUGCUGGCGUGUGGCACUUUUUGCCCACGGGCAUUGCAGAUCCUGUCGAGCGCUUGGCAGAGGUGCACACCCGUCUCGAGGAGCGCAAGCGCAACAAGAUUUACAUUGGCUUUACUGUCUUCAACAUGUCGUUCUGGGGCUUCACACCGCGCCGGAUUACUUCAGCGAUCGUCAACCACUUCUGGGGCAAGUCCGCUGCCAUCAUCACGAACGUGCCGGGUCCGCAAACAGCGCUCUUUCUGGGCGGCCACAAGAUUCGCGAAAUUCACAUUUUCGGCCUGCAGUCAUGCUAUGGCGGCAUGGCCAUCUCGAUCAUGACCUACGAUGGUCGUGUCAGCAUUUCUGUCGUGUCGGACGCAAACGCCGAGCCAAACCAAAUCUGCGACACCAAAGUGUUGGACGAAUUUGCUCUCGAGUUUGAAGAGUACCUGAAACUUGCCAAGACCAUGAAGUCCGACAAACAAAAGGAGGAGAGCCAGCCAACACAACCAGUUGCUGCUCGCCCUGCCGCAAAAAAGCAAGCUGCUGCCUGCCAAUAACUCGGGGGUUUGGAAACAAACCAACAAAAACAAAUUUAAUGUGUGGCUUCGUUGAUAAUUCAUUUUUUUCCCUCUUUGAUCUUCUCUGCCAUCUUAUGGCUCCUGUUGUUAUUUGUUCGUUAUGGUGUUGCGAAUUGUGUGGCUUUGAAAUCGAGUUGCUCUCGGUUUGUGCGUGUGAAAAUAUGUUGAAAGAAACUUAAAAAACAAAAACAAACAAAAAA